CAGUCAACGAUGCGCAAGGCCUUAGCCGCUUAUGAUAAAUCAGUGCGGAAUCCGCCCGAGGAUUGGUCCUGUAUAUAUUCUAGCGUCGGGCAACAUGGGAGAUCGCUCUGGGAGAGCAUUUCCGAUGGUCGGAGUGUGUUGGCUUCGCAUAUAUCGCUAGGGGGCGGGUGUUUUGAAACUUCAAGCGUCUACGGGUUUUCUUGACUCGUGAUACUCAGGGCCCUGAAACGAUAUCGGAGAUUUUCUAGGAUAUAAUCUCAAACACAGGGUCUGAGAAACGUUACCAAAACGAUCUAGAAACUUUUUCUUUGUUUCUGCUUGGCCUUUAGAUCAUCAUGGCUGCCAUCGAAGUGAUGGACUCAGACGGAAUCCAAGAAUGGGAGAAAGAGGAGAAGAAGAAGCAAGAAGACGUCGAUCCAGAAGCACUCACCAAGACCCUUACGGAGCAAUCGCACGUCGUGCGCCCCAAAUCUCUCCCGAAGGAGAUCCUCUUCGUCAGUGUCGUUUGUGCUGCUCAGUUCAUGACCCAGGCUGGCUUAGCACAGUCCAUUGCGCCGCUACAUGUCAUAGGCGCAAGUUUCGGAACCACGAGCGAAAAUGAUCUCAGUUGGUGUGCGGCAGCAUAUAGUUUGACCAUCGGCACAUUCAUCCUCGUUGCGGGACGAUUGGGCGACGUAUAUGGGCAUAAGUUGAUGUUCACUAUCGGAUUUGUAUGGUUUGGCCUCUGGUCUCUUAUCGCAGGCUUCAGUGUCUGGUCGAACCAGAUCUUCUUCGAUGUGUGUCGCGCCCUCCAGGGAAUAGGGCCCGCAUUGUUGCUCCCCAACGCGGUUGCUAUCUUUGGGAGAGCAUACGAGCCAGGUCCGCGCAAAGAUAUGGUGUUUAGCCUCUUUGGCGCGACUGCUCCAGGUGGCUUCGUCGUUGGAUCAACCUUUUCGACGAUCUUUGCGCAGUUGGUGUGGUGGCCCUGGGCUUACUGGGUCAUGGGCAUCGUGUGUUUCUGCUUCGCAGUCCUGGGCGUCCUGGUCAUUCCAAGAACACCAUCUCCCAAGUUCAAUGAUGGUCUCAGCACCUUUGUCCGACUCGAUGUCCUCGGUGCCAGCGCAGGAAUCUCUGCCCUCGUGCUGAUCAAUUUCGCGUGGAAUCAGGGCCCCGUAGUCGGCUGGCAGGUGCCCUACAACUAUAUCCUGCUCAUCGUCGGGUUCCUCUUCCUAGCUGUCUUCUUCCUUAUCGAGCGCAAGGCAACUUGUCCGCUACUCCCCUGGUCUGUCUUUACAGGCGACGUCGGUUGGGUGCUGGGAUGUAUAGCCGCUGGAUGGUCUAGUUUCGGAACCGCCAUAUUCUACUUUUACCAGUUCAUGGAAGUCAUCAAGGGAGACACUGGACUGCUUGUCAGUGCAAAAUGGUGUCCAGCGGCUAUCUCGGGAGCCGUUGCAGCCGUAACUACUGGUUUCCUGCUCAGCCGUGUCCCACCAAGUGUCAUUAUGUUCUGUGCCAUGUGUGCCUUCACAACAGGGCUGGCAUUGCUGGCUACUCUACCGCCGGAUCAGAUAUAUUGGGCGCAGGCUUUUGUGAUGUCUAUCGUCAUAUGUUGGGGGAUGGAUAUGUCUUUCCCAUCUGGGACCGUUAUCCUCAGUAACUCUAUGCAUCAUCAACACCAGGGUCUAGCAGGCUCACUAGUCAACACUGUGGUGAAUUACUCCAUUUCUAUAGGCCUUGGCUUUGCAGGAACGGUAGAAUCCCAAGUGAACGACGGCGGUAAGGAUCGUCUGAAGGGAAUACGCGGAGCAUCAUAUAUGGGACUUGGAUUUGCUGGUCUUGGGCUUAUCCUGUCGGUAUGUUUUAUGAUCGAGACAUGGUGGAGAUCGAGACACAGGAAACUAUAGACGAGACGAGUCGUUCUGACAGGAUCUCCAAGCCCACUCCACCAGUCUUGAUAAAGUGGGAGAUCCAUGAGGUGGAUGUAGGUAUCGUAUCAUAAUGAAUACUUCACGUAACUAUCCUUUGCGUGGAAGGAAGUAUCUAAGAGGAGGGAACAGCAUUACGCUACUUGAAGGAAGAUUUAGAUUGGAUAAUACCACACUUACUUGACGUGGCACUCAC